UAAUCAAUCACUGAAAUAGAAAAAAAAGUUUAGAGAAUGGCGACCAUUUGGAUAGUGUGUUUCUUUUCUUGCUUGUUCUUUACAAGUUCGCUUUAUACAGAUUUGAACAAAAAUGAAUGGGAUAGUGAUCAAAUGUAUAUGCAUGAACAAAUCCUUAAAUUACAGCUGGAGGUAGAGCAAUUACGGGAGGAUAACAAGCAAAUACGCCAGGAUAACAAAGAAAUCAGAGAGCUAUUGACAAAAACAAAGAAUAUCAGUCGUUCGUGUAAUGGAACUCCCUUUGAUUGUUCGGACAUUUACAAGAAUGGCGAAAGGAAGACGGGAAUUUACACGAUAUACCCAUUUGGUAAAAACAGCCAUGGCGUCUCCGUGCUUUGCAGAAUGGAUUCCCAUUUAGGAGUUAGAACGGUGGUGCAGUACAGGGGCAAUCCCCACAUGAAUUUCAAUGUUACAUGGGAGGACUACCAGCGAGGUUUUGGGGACGUUCGACAUGCUUACUGGCUCGGUAAGAGAGGAAUCCAGCUUCACUUUGAUUUAUGGAUUUUAUGA